AAAAGGCUUGCUGUCCAACUUAAACCACUCUUCGAAUUGGAUCCAGGGUGGACCUAGGAAAUUUUACCUAACAGUGGACAUGGAAAAGGAUGAGAGUGAAAUGCAUCAUUUUUAAAUAUAGUUCAUCCAAGGAGAGUUAAUCCUUACAUUUUUAAGAUCCAUGAAACAGAAAAUAACUUGUUUUUGCCUAUUUAAUUCUGUCAGAGACGGAAUGUUUGAAUGUACCAGUGGUCUGGUGCCAAGUGGGCUUAGGGUUUUGUUUAUGUUCUUAGAUUCACAGAAUUUUAGAUGUGGAAGUGACGUUAUGCUAAAAUUGGAUAGUGUCUGUCAGAUCCCCUUUCCUUCAGUGGGAUUUGUCGUCAUUAUCAUUUGUUUCUACAGUAACUAUCACCCUCUGACUUAGCUAUGCUCCUUUACUAGUCUGUCAGUCAGUCCUCUGCAAAGGCCUGUGCAGUGAUCCUGUCCUCCUAUGUGUGUCUGUCUCUUUGGAGUAUAAACUGUAAAGGUAGGAAAUAAUGCCUUGUACCACCUACCUCCCAGUGUCUAGCUCAAAGCUUGGUAGGCACGUAGUGAAGAUUAGCAUCUUCAGGGUAACAACAACAGCAACCCCAGAUCUCAGUGUCUGAAGACAGUCCCAUUGGCAGGGGCCUGCGUUGCCCUCGUUUGGGAGGAUAGGCAAACAAAGCUCUACACACUUUGAUGGAGGCCAGUCAUCUUAGCAAGGGGAAAGAAGUGAAUCAUGCUCUGCCUGUGGAUGUUUGAGCAGGGAACUGACAGGUCACUUUCUCUAAUAUUUCUUUGAUCACAUAAGUGACAGCCACAUGCAUCAUCUUGGCGAUGAGGCAGAACCACCUACUAUGUUCCUGAAAGAAGACCUGGAUGAUUAGUGACUCACACAAUGCCUGCUAAGUAGAUAGCUGCUACCUGGUGCUUAAUACUUAUUUAGUGAAUAAAGAGUCCAAAACUAUCUCCUGAGAUUUUCACUAUUUUCUAUGCAAUAAGCAGAACUACUUCAAAUGAAAUAUUCUAGUAACUACAUUUAAAAAAAUGAAGAUACUGUGUUGUCUAAGCCAAGUUCAGCAAACAUCUGGAGACUUCAGAUCGCUGCAAGACUAUGGCAGAGUGUAGCUGCAUGCAAAAACAGGCGGACUUACAAAAUGGUAGCUUAGAGGAAGGCUUUGUGGUGAACUCCUUGGACACCCGUCCCCCAGACAUGAUGGAGAACCUGAACUCAAAGAAAUACUCUUCCAGUCUGAAAUUUAAAGCCAAUGGAGACUAUUCUGGCUCCUAUUUAACCCUCUCACAACCUGUGUCUGCUAAGAGAAGCCCUUCCCCUUUGGGCGCCAGUGUCAGGAGCAGCUCCUCCUUAGCCAAAAUCCAUGGAAGCAAGCAGUUCUCCUGCGAUGGAGGUGACAAAAAUAUUUCCACAAAGCCUCCCACUCCCUCACUCAAUGCUACACCCUCCCUUGGUGGCUAUCCACUUGGGAGAGCAGAUUUUGAUCAUUAUAGUGGUCGGGAUAGUGAAAGGUCCUUGAGGCUCUCAGAGAAACUUCCUUAUUCCAAAUAUAACUCUAGAAAUAAAUCGCAUGACAGUGUGUACUUUCUUGGAGGAUUGGAAGGGAGAAAGGCAUCUGGUUCGCUCCUGACCAUGUGGAAUGGAAGUACCCUUAGUGACUACGGCCAGUCUCCCAUCAGCAGGUCGGGGGCAGCAAGCAUGCCUUCAAGCCCAAAGCAAGCCAGGAAGAUGGGCAUGCAGGACAACCUGACUCUUCAACCCCAGGUAACCAGACACAAGGACCCCGCAUCUGAAAGCAUCAGUUUAAGAACUAGGAAGUACUCAGGCGGCAGCCUGAGUCACAUGGGCGCCUAUAGCCGAUCACUUCCCAGGUUGUACAAAGCCACAGAGAACCAGCUGACGCCUCUCACCUUGCCUCCAAGAAACUCUCUGGGCAACUCCAAAAGAACCAGACUGGGGGAAAAGGAUCUACCUCAUAGCAUCGUAGACAAUGACAAUUACCUUAAUUUUUCUUCUUUAAGCUCUGGGGCUUUACCCUAUAAAACCUCUGUGUCGGAGGGUGCUCCUUAUGUAAGUUCCACCCUCAGUGUGCCUGCGAGCCCUCGAGUGGCUCGGAAGAUGCUUCUGGCCUCUACCUCCUCCUGUGCCUCUGAUGACUUUGAUCGGGUGUCCUACUCGGGAACGAGCUCGAAUCACUCCUUUUCUGCUGGAGAACCAGACAGAGUGUUGGUGGCCAGGAGGAACUUCUCCUGUGGCUCUGUGGAGUUCGAUGAUGCUGAUUUGGACAGCCUCAGACAGGCCUCAGGAACCCCCCAGCCUGUCCUUCGGGAACGGAAAAGUAGCAUUAGCUCCAUUUCAGGACGGGAUGACCUGAUGGAUUAUCACCGGAGGCAGAGGGAGGAAAGACUCAGGGAGCAGGAGAUGGAGCGGCUGGAGAGACAGCGCUUGGAGACCAUCCUCAGCCUCUGUGCCGAGUACACCAAGCCUGACGGCCGCCUGUCCACGGGCACCACUGUGGCAGAUGUGCAGAAAAUCAACAAAGAACUGGAGAAGCUGCAGCUCUCCGAUGAGGAGUCCGUGUUUGAAGAAGCCCUGGUGUGCCCCGACACAAGAUACCGGUGCCACCCGAGGGGCGCUCUCCACGACGCUGACCUGGUGGGCUUCGGGAGCCUCAGUCAGAGCAGUGGCAGCCUCCUCGCCCCCAGGAGCAUGAGGAACGAUGAACUGCUCCGGGAGCUCACCAGGACCCCGCCACCACCCGCCUCUGCCUUUCUGAAAGCUGCCAGCGAGUCCUCUUACCUAAGUAUCCUACCAAAGACCCCAGAAGGGAUGAGUGAAGAACAGAGAGCUCAGGAGUUGGCUGCAAUGGAGGACACCCGGAUAGUAAUUCUGAACAACCUUGAAGAGCUCAAACAAAAGAUCAAAGAUAUAAAUGACCAGAUGGAUGAAUCUUCCAGAGAGUUGGAUAUGGAAUGUGCCCUUUUGGACGGAGAGCAGAAAUCUGAGACAACUGAACUAAUGAAGGAGAAGGAGAUUUUGGAUCAUCUAAACCGGAAAAUAGCAGAACUGGAAAAGAACAUCGUUGGGGAAAAGACCAAGGAGAAGGUAAAGCUUGAUGCUGAGAGGGAAAAGCUAGAGAGGCUUCAGGAGCUUUACUCCGAGCAGAAGACCCAGCUGGACAAUUGUCCUGAGUCCAUGAGGGAACAGUUACAGCAGCAACUGAAGAGGGACGCUGACCUGUUGGAUGUUGAAAGCAAACACUUCGAAGACCUGGAAUUCCAACAGCUGGAACACGAGAGCCGUCUGGAUGAGGAAAAGGAGAACCUAACUCAGCAGCUUCUGCGUGAAGUGGCCGAAUACCAGAGGAACAUCGUCAGUAGAAAGGAGAAAAUUUCUGCAUUAAAAAAGCAAGCCAAUCACAUUGUUCAGCAGGCCCAGCGAGAACAAGAUCAUUUUGUGAAAGAAAAGAGUAACCUAAUAAUGAUGAUACAAAGAGAAAAGGAGAAUCUUUGUAAUCUGGAAAAGAAAUACUCCAGCCUCUCUGGGGGGAAAGGGUUUCCUGUGAACCCUAAUACUUUGAAGGAGGGCUAUCUCAGUGUAAAUGAAUUUAAUGAGCCAUCUGGCCAUUCCACGAAUCUCUCCCCUUCCACUCAGUUCCCUGCUGACGCUGACGCUGCUGUCGCUGAGUCUGCCUCAGCUGUGCCGGUGAGCCAGCCACAGAGUCCAGAGCUAAGAUCACCUGUCUGUUCUGGAUGUAUGUUUCCUUCCACCCUUUCUCUUCAUCCUGUCACUCAACCUCCAUCAACCUCUUGGCCGGAAGUCAUGGCUACAUCUGUCGGUUUUUUCCCUCUAAAUGACACACCUCCUCCUCUCCCAGCUAAGAAACACAGAAGGCAACAGCAGCAGGAGCAACAGCACUUUAGAAGUCUGGAAGAAAGGAAAAAACAGCACAAAGAAGGCCUCUAUCUGAGUGACACUUUGCCUCGAAAGAAAACCACACCUUCCAUCUCCCCACAUUUCAGCAGUGCCACAAUGGGGAGAAGCAGCACCCCAAAGGGUCACUUGCCUCUGGGACAGAGCAACAGCUGCGGGAGCGUGCUUCCUCCUUCGCUGGCAGCCAUGACCAAAGAUGCAGAGUCGCGCAAGACGCUCAGAGGUUAUAAUCACCAACACGUGAGUGAAGGACAAAGGCAGAAAUCUGAAUUUUACAACCGCACAGCAUCGGAAUCAAAUGUCUACUUGAAUAGUUUCCAUUACCCCGAUCACAGCUACAAGGACCAGGCCUUUGAUACUUUGAGCCUGGACAGCUCUGAUAGCAUGGAGACCAGCAUUUCUGCCUGCUCUCCUGACAAUAUCUCUAGUGCCAGCACUUCAAAUAUUGCCAAGAUAGAAGAAAUGGAGAGGCUGCUGAAACAGGCUCAUGCAGAGAAGACCCGACUGCUCGAAUCCAGGGAGCGGGAAAUGGAAGCCAAAAGACGAGCUCUGGAAGAAGAAAAACGACGCCGAGAAGUCCUGGAAAAACGACUGCAGGAAGAAACCAGCCAGAGGCAGAAGUUAAUAGAAAAGGAAGUAAAAAUAAGGGAGAAGCAAAGAGCACAGGCUCGUCCUCUGACGCGCUACCUGCCGGUCCGGAAGGAGGACUUUGAUCUCCGGAGCCACGUGGAGACCGCCGGCCACAACAUCGACACCUGCUACCACGUGUCCAUCACAGAGAAGACGUGCCGAGGUUUCCUCAUCAAAAUGGGCGGAAAAAUUAAAACUUGGAAGAAACGCUGGUUUGUUUUUGACCGGAAUAAGCGAACCUUUUCUUAUUACGCAGACAAGCAUGAAGCAAAGUUGAAAGGAGUAAUAUAUUUUCAAGCCAUUGAAGAAGUCUAUUACGAUCACCUCAAGAAUGCUAACAAGAGCCCUAAUCCAUUACUCACCUUUAGCGUCAAGACACAUGACAGAAUCUACUACAUGGUGGCCCCAUCGCCGGAAGCCAUGCGGAUCUGGAUGGAUGUUAUAGUUACCGGGGCAGAAGGUUACACUCACUUCUUGCUGUAGCGAAUUGAAGCAACAGUCCACUUCAGGGCAGACUGCAAUAAUCUCUUACAAGAAUGAAGCCAUAUUCAAUCCCAGAUGGAAGGACCCAACAGACCCAACCCUAAACUGUGUGCACUCAGAACUCCUUUCGUAAUGAGAAGUUGUUUGUAAAAAAAGAAAGAAAGAAAGAAAGCGUUUUAAUUCAAAGCUUGAUCAUAAGUGGCAAAAGAAUUGAAGCUCCUAGAGUGAAGAAACGCUAUUUUGAUAAAUACCACUAAAAGCACAUUUCUUUUUCUAAAUUUUUUAAAUUUUAUUUUUCAAGAUAAAUGAACCAAAACAUAUUAACAAACACACAG